GCCCUCCGCGGCCGCCGCUUCCCCUCGCAUCCACUCCGCCGGCCGCGCGGACCGAGCUGCCCUCGCUUCGCCCCGUCCUCGCCGCGCGGCCCCCGGGCUUCGGGGCAGCCUCCGCCGGGACCAUGCGGAAAUUCAACAUCAGGAAGGUGCUGGACGGCCUGACCGCCGGCUCGUCCUCCGCCUCGCAGCAGCAGCCGCCGCCGCAGCACCCGCCGGGCAGCCGGGAGCCCGAGAUCCAGGAAACGCUCCAGUCCGAGCACUUCCAGCUCUGCAAGACUGUUCGCCAUGGAUUUCCCUAUCAGCCCUCAGCCCUGGCCUUUGAUCCUGUACAGAAGAUCCUGGCGGUGGGAACUCAGACUGGUGCUUUAAGGCUCUUUGGUCGUCCUGGAGUAGAAUGUUACUGCCAGCAUGACAGCGGAGCUGCAGUAAUCCAGCUCCAGUUCCUGAUUAAUGAGGGAGCUCUUGUGAGUGCCUUGGCUGAUGACACCUUACACUUAUGGAAUUUACGUCAAAAGAGGCCUGCCAUACUACAUUCACUUAAAUUUUGCAGAGAAAGGGUUACGUUUUGCCAUCUGCCUUUCCAGAGUAAGUGGCUGUAUGUGGGCACUGAACGAGGUAAUAUACAUAUUGUCAAUGUGGAGUCCUUCACACUCUCAGGCUACGUCAUUAUGUGGAAUAAAGCCAUCGAACUGUCAUCUAAAUCUCACCCAGGACCUGUUGUCCAUAUAAGUGAUAAUCCAAUGGAUGAGGGAAAGCUUUUGAUUGGCUUUGAAUCUGGAACAGUAGUCUUAUGGGACCUCAAAUCAAAGAAAGCUGACUACAGAUAUACAUAUGAUGAGGCCAUUCACUCUGUCGCUUGGCACCACGAAGGAAAGCAGUUCAUCUGCAGUCAUUCGGAUGGCACCUUGACCAUAUGGAGCGUGAGGUCCCCUGCGAAGCCCAUGCAGACGAUCACUCCGCACGGAAAACAGUUAAAGGAUGGAAAGAAGCCAGAACCAUGCAAACCUAUCCUCAAGGUGGAAUUCAAAACGACUAGAUCUGGGGAACCUUUUAUUAUUUUAUCAGGAGGUUUGUCAUACGACACUGUAGGAAGAAGACCUUGCCUAACAGUAAUGCAUGGGAAAAGUACUGCUGUGCUAGAAAUGGACUAUUCAAUUGUUGAUUUUUUAACGCUGUGUGAAACACCAUACCCAAAUGAUUUUCAAGAACCAUAUGCUGUGGUGGUUCUUCUAGAAAAGGAUUUAGUACUUAUAGAUCUUGCACAAAAUGGAUAUCCUAUAUUUGAAAAUCCCUACCCUUUGACUAUACAUGAGUCCCCUGUUACAUGUUGCGAAUAUUUUGCUGAUUGUCCUGUGGACCUUAUUCCUGCACUUUAUUCUGUUGGAGCUAGACAGAAACGUCAAGGUUACAGCAAAAAGGAAUGGCCCAUCAAUGGAGGUAAUUGGGGCUUGGGUGCUCAAAGUUACCCAGAAAUAAUUAUUACAGGACAUGCUGAUGGUUCAGUUAAGUUCUGGGAUGCUUCUGCAAUAACUCUGCAAGUAUUAUAUAAAUUAAAAACAUCUAAAGUAUUUGAAAAGUCAAGAAAUAAAGAAGACAGACCAAACACAGACAUUGUAGAUGAAGACCCGUAUGCUAUUCAGAUCAUUUCAUGGUGUCCAGAAAGUAGAAUGUUGUGCAUAGCUGGAGUUUCGGCUCAUGUCAUUAUUUAUAGAUUCAGCAAACAGGAAGUAGUUACAGAAGUCAUUCCGAUGCUUGAGGUUCGAUUGUUAUAUGAGAUAAAUGAUGUGGAGUCUCCAGAGAGUGAGCAGCCACCCCCUUUGUCAACACCUGUGGGAGGUUCCAACCCUCAGACCAUUCCUCCUCAGUCUCAUCCGUCUACCAGCAGCAGUUCAUCUGAUGGGCUUCGUGAUAAUGUACCUUGUUUAAAAGUUAAAAGUUCACCACUUAAACAGUCACCAGGUUAUCAGAUGGAACUAGUUAUUCAGUUGGUAUGGGUGGGAGGGGAACCACCGCAGCAAAUAACCAGCCUGGCAGUCAAUUCUUCGUAUGGACUGGUGGUUUUUGGCAAUUGUAAUGGCAUUGCUAUGGUUGACUACUUCCAGAAAACAGUGUUGCUCAACUUGGGCACCAUUGAAUUGUAUGGCUCUAAUGACCCUUAUCGAAGAGAACCCCGAUCUCCUCGUAAAUCUCGACAACCUUCCGGAGCAGGUCUGUGUGAUAUUAGUGAAGGGAGUGUAGUCCCAGAGGAUCGCUGCAAAUCUCCAACUUCUGGUUCUUCAUCUCCACUCAAUUCAGAUGAUGAACAAAAAAUGAAUAAUUUUAUAGAAAAGGUGAAGACCAAAAGCAGAAACUUUUCCAAGAUGGUAGCCAGUGAUAUAGCAAAGAUGUCAAGGAAAUUAAGCUUGCCUACUGACCUAAAGCCUGAUUUAGACGUAAAAGAUAAUUCCUUCAGCAGAUCACGGAGCUCCAGUGUGACAAGCAUAGAUAAAGAGUCCCGAGAAGCGAUCUCUGCUCUUCAUUUCUGUGAAACCUUUACGCGGAAGGCGGACUCCUCUCCUUCCCCGUGUCUGUGGGUUGGAACCACCCUAGGAACAGUGCUCGUCAUUGCGCUGAACCUUCCCCCAGGGGGAGAGCAAAGACUUCUUCAGCCGGUGAUUGUGUCUCCGAGUGGUACUAUAUUGAGGUUAAAAGGUGCAAUCUUGAGAAUGGCAUUUCUGGAUACCACAGGCUGCUUAAUACCACCUGCUUAUGAACCCUGGAAAGAGCACAAUGUUCCUGAAGAAAAAGAUGACAAGGAAAAAUUAAAAAGAAGGCGGCCUGUCUCAGUAUCUCCCUCCUCUUCUCAGGAAAUUAGUGAAAACCAGUACGCAGUGAUAUGUUCUGAAAAGCAGGCAAAAGUAAUCUCACUGCCAACCCAGAACUGUGCUUACAAACAAAACAUCACAGAGACGUCCUUCGUGCUUCGCGGAGACAUUGUAGCAUUGAGUAACAGCAUCUGCCUGGCGUGUUUCUGUGCCAAUGGCCAUAUCAUGACUUUCAGUUUGCCAAGCUUAAGGCCUCUGUUGGAUGUAUAUUACUUGCCCCUCACCAAUAUGCGGAUAGCCAGAACAUUCUGCUUCACCAACAAUGGACAAGCAUUAUAUCUUGUUUCACCUACAGAAAUCCAGAGGUUAACAUACAGUCAAGAGACCUGUGAAAAUCUUCAGGAGAUGUUGGGUGAACUCUUCACUCCUGUAGAAACACCUGAAGCACCAAACAGGGGAUUCUUUAAAGGCUUAUUUGGAGGUGGUGCACAGUCUCUUGAUAGAGAAGAACUAUUUGGAGAGUCAUCCUCAGGAAAGGCUUCAAGAAGUCUUGCACAGCAUAUUCCUGGCCCUGGUGGCAUCGAAGGUGUGAAAGGGGCAGCAUCUGGAGUGGUUGGUGAAUUGGCACGAGCCCGUUUGGCAUUAGAUGAAAGAGGGCAAAAGCUUGGCGACUUGGAAGAAAGAACAGCAGCUAUGUUAUCAAGUGCAGAUGCAUUCUCUAAACAUGCCCACGAGAUGAUGUUAAAAUACAAAGAUAAGAAGUGGUACCAGUUCUGACAGCCAGCAUCAAACAACUUCACAUUGCCAGAAGGAAAACAGCUUUCCUGUUUUUAUUUCAUUGAUGAUUUAGGAAAGUUAACAUUAACAGGAUGCUCCUCACUGAAUGCAGUUCUUUUCUAGCACAAUCAUGCACUGUUUUACCUCAGUCUCAGCUUUACCUGAGGCGAGUGUGCACAUCCUGAAUCCAGAGUGUAUGGUGUGUGCCAGCUUGAGUUGACAGUUCGGGAGCUAAGCAGGCCACACUUGACAAAUGAAACAAAGGGGGCUGUUGCAGAGACAUGGCAGGGAAUACUCCUUGGAUCAUUCCUGUGUUAAACUUUCAUAUGCCAAAAGAUUUUGUGCCGUUGUAUCUGCCAUCAGUGUUUGAUCUUUUGGGGGAGAGGCAAUAAGUCUGAAGUCCUGAAGCUGAAAUAUUUAUCUAUGUGUCGUUGGACUGGAUUAUAAACAGCCGUAUUGGACUUUCCUUCCCUUAAACUGACUGGUCAUCAGUAUCAUUAGUAAAAAAGAAACUGUUUGUUACCAUAUCUUUAGACUAAGCUGAAUGGUGGGCUUUAAAUAAUAAAAACAUACACAUAGUUGACUUGUGUAUGAGCUACUAUUGGAUUCUUGUUAUUACAUACUUGUGUUUAGUUUAUAUUUUGUCAAAAGCAAAACAAGGCGAUACAUCACUUUUCAUUGAAAAGAAAAGUGUAGAGCAUGACUGAAUUGCUCAUCAUUCUGGAAGUUUCCAUGUAGUGGCUAUGCAGUGUGGAAAGUGAGAAAAACCUCCAUUGUGGUGAGGAGAAUACUUUGAAGUCCUUUGUCCUUGUUCUCAUUAAUUCAGCUAAAGGUGGAUUUGACCAAAACAGUUAUCAGUUAAAUUUGUAGAAAAGUUGAAAUUGGCUACGUUUUUAAUUUUGCUUGAGUUUUUAUAAAAUGUUUAACUAAAUGUACCUUUGCAUUAUUUAAUUAAAAUUGCUAAAAAAA